UUCGAGUUAUCCUCUGCAGGUCCCAGGGCAACAGAGGAGCAGCACCACUGUUCCAACCAUGCCUAUCAACUCAUCCCAUGGAUAACACUUACUGCUUGAUAGGUGCUAGAAUGGAUCAGCUGGGUAUAUAAAUGUUGUGAGUGAUGCUGAUAUGUACAGGGCAAUCCAUCCCACUAUGAGGCAGCCUUCCUGAACUCUUUGGGGGAAAAUAUAGCUGCUCUUUUGUAUGGCGAGUCUAAGUCAUUAAACCAGAUAAACCAGUCAUUAAGCCAUUGUAAUUAGAUAGAGAUUGAAUAACAUUAGCUAGCCAAGGGGAAACUAAGAGAGGAGACAGGCUCCACCCCCAGUACCACUCUCAGAAGGUGAUUCAGAAGUCAUGGCUGACCACAACAAGGUAUUACCCCGUCCUCUUUUCCGCCAAGAUAUAAAUUGGGAUCCUUUCCGUGAGUGGACACAGCCUACCCACAUGAUCAUGGAGAAGGACUCUGGCCUCCCUCCUUUCCUGGAUCCAGGCGAUGUGAGCUGGAUAGAUUGGGCUAGGAAUACAUUGGCAUCAACCUCCUGGCCAGGGUACACACACUAUCCCCUCUUCAGCCUCAGCACUGUUCUUCCUGCUGCAGUGGCACCCCAGACUUCAGCCAGGCUUCAGAGGCAACUGUCUGGAGGAGUGUCAGAGAUCAGAACAGAACAGGGCAGAUGGAGGAUCACCCUGGAUGUUAAUCACUUCUCACCAGAGGAGAUAUCAAUCAAAACCAAGGGGGGCUUCCUGGAGAUUGCAGGUCAACAUGAUGAAAGGGAAGACGAACAUGGAUCAGUCUCAAGGUGCUUUAUAAGGAAAAACAAGCUGCCCCCUGGUGUGGACUUGCAGCACAUCAGCUCAUCUCUGUCUGGUGAAGGGGUUCUCUUAGUAGAAGCACCUCUACCAGGCUCAGCUACCACCAUCCUCCCCAGUGACAUGGUCAUCCCCAUUCAGAUCAAGCAUGAGCAGGAGGGGAAAGAGUGAAUCCAGUUGUCCAGAUGUUGAGAUCCAUCACAAUUAGAUAUAAAUCUUGGGGUAAAGCUUAGAAGUGAAUGACAGUGUUGACAACUUUUGACAAAAAUGUGAUUGUGGAUUAGGUAUUGGUCAUUCAAAAUGACAAACAUAGUGGCUUCUAUUGCUGUUGAAACCCUAUAACUUAAUUUACUCUCAUUGUAACCGCAAGGUUGUCAGGUUUUUCUAUGCAUUUUGGUUAAUCAUGUCCCAUGAUUUAACUAGCAAAACCAAGAUAAACAGAAAUCAUCAAGACUGAUGAAAUGUACUUUCUCAUUUGUCAAGUGAUAGGUUAAUUGGGAGUAAAAAUGACCAUGCGUAGGGCUAGGCGUCCUGCUAGCGGGACAACUUCCAGUGAAGCUGGAGGGCGCGUAAUUCAAAUAAAUAAUCAUAAAAAUGAUGGAUAUUAAACAUUUAGGUACAUACAAGUGUCUUAUAUUGGUUGAAAGCUUGUUAAUUUAACUGCACUGUUCGAUUUACAGUAGCUAUUACAGCAAAAGCAUGCCAUGUGAUUGUUUGAGGACGGUGCCCCAAAUCAAAAUAUUUUUCCACUGGCACAGGUUUCAUAAAUUCACAAAUAGCGAUGAAAUAUUCACUUACUUCUUGAAAAUUAUCCUCCGAUUUGUCAUCUAAAGGUUCCCAGCUAUAACAUGUAGUAUCGUUUUGUUAGAUAAAAUUCUUCUUUAUAUCCCAAAAAGUCUGUUUACUUUGC